AUGCCGAUCGAAGAAAACCCCAACCAUAAUCCAACCCAGAUCGCGAUCUCCGAUGACAUCAACAGCAAAGAAAUCGAGAAACCACCCACCGAUGUGGUUAUCGAUCAUCCAGAAGCGAAUAAACUCUGCUCAAUGUUGACUUCUCUUCAUCCUUGUAAUUUCUGGCACAAAAAUUCAAAACCCAAAUCAAAUAACAACAAACCCAUCACCAACAUCGAGCCCAGAUCAAAUGACGACGACAACAACAGCAACUACAGAAGACCCAACAAGGCUGAGGAUCUCUGUAAAUUGAUUGGUGCAAAUGUGAAUUCCCUUGAAAAGGCUUCGAAGAGGAUGAGAAAGUACGAAGAUCAGAUCAAAGAGGUGUCUGAGAAGUUCGAGAACCUCAAAAAAGGGGGUGGAAGUGAAGACGAAUUCGGGGAAUUGAAGAGGGAAGUCAUGAAAUUGAAGCAGCAGAUCUCUUCCAAGCACGAGGAUGAGCCUCAAGAGUCCGAGAGUACUGCUGACAUUGACAGAGUCAAUGCCGACAACACGCUUAAGUACCCGGCGUUUGAGCGAAUGUUCGAUUCCAAAGAAUUCCGGGCACGUUAUGAUCAGCUCGAUUCACUGUCCAAGAACUGUCUCUUAUGUUUUUCUGUUUUCCCGGAAAAUGCUGAAAUAAAUAAAAGAGUCAUGAUAUACUGGUGGAUCGGGGAAGGUUUUGCGACCACAGAGCAAAUCGCCAAUGAUUUAUUCAUCAAUCUUUUCGUGGAGCGCUUCAUUGAGCCCGUGUGCAAAAUGGGUAGCUUUGCAGUCAACAUCUGGAAGAUGGACCCUCUUGUUCGAUCUUUGGUGAUUGAGAUUGCCAAGACAUCUAGCUUCUUCGAUUUUGAUGAUGAUGAUGAUGAUGAUGGUAAUGUGACUUCACGGGCAUGUUUAGUUGCUAAUGGGUUAACAAAGAUUCAGGAUUUUGAAAAGCUUAACACAUUGUUUAAUUUUAAUGAGUCUAUUCUGGAAUUCAAUCCUGAAUAUUUUUCGAAGAUGAAAAAGCUCUCUGUACUUUAUCUGGGACAGUGGCAGACCUCUGUUUCGCAUCACAUUGAAGUUGCUGACACCAAGUCUAUGAAGAUAAAUGCAAAUGUUUUGGAUGGGUUGGAAAAUAUCACAAACUUGAGGUUUUUGAGCCUUCAUGGAAUCUCUAGAAUUACAGAACUUCCCGAGUCCAUCUCGAGGCUCACGGAUCUUACCAUCCUUGACAUUAGAGCAUGUCACAACCUCGAGGUGAUUCCCAAUGGAAUUGGGUUGCUCAAGAAUUUGACACACUUGGACAUGUCUGAGUGUUACUUGCUAGAUCAAAUGCCCAAGGGGCUUGCAUCGCUCUACAAUCUCCAAGUCCUCAAAGGGUUCAUUGUUUCAGAGAGUAAAAACUCUUGCACUCUUGAUGAUUUGCGGAAAUUCCCAAAGCUGAGAAAAUUGAGCAUUUAUGCUGUUUGCUAUGGAUUUCCUACAGACACAGAUUUGCGUGCUUUAAAUCAGUUCAAAGCGCUGACCAAUCUAACAAUCACAUGGGCAAGGGGCUCUUUAUCUGACCAAGCCAAUAGUGAUGAUAGCAAAAAGAAAGACACUCUUGGAGCAAAACAAGCAACAGUAGCUGCUAAGAAACCAGGUCUCACAAAAGCCCUGACAAGAUCAGUUACCUCUAAGCCGGCAGAGGUUUCAGUUUCAACGCUUCCGUUAGGACUGAUAAAAUUGGACAUUCAGUGUUUUCCUCGAACGAUUACACCCACUUGGCUGAUGGCUUGUAAUUUGAAGAACUUGAAGAAACUUUAUAUCAGAGGAGGUAAAUUAUCUGAUCUGGGUCAAUUUCAGAAACUAGAUGGCAAGAAUGCAGAGAAGGACAAGUGGGAAGUUGAGAUAUUGCGUUUGAAGUACUUAUAUGACUUAGAGAUGGAUUGGAGUAAUCUGCAAGAAUUAUUUCCUAAAUUGAAUUACUUGGAGAUGAGGCUACAGGGGGAGAGAGAGAUAUUAGUACUGGAUCUUAUCAAAAUUCCGCUUAAUUGGAAACUUGAUGACCGGCCAGCAGAAAAUGACGAGUGGGAAGUUGAGGUAUUUCAUCUGAAGUACUUAAAUGAAUUAGAGAUGGAUUGCAGUGAUCUACAGAAAUUAUUUCCAAAAUUCAAUUACUUGGAGAUGGAAAUGAUUGGGGAGAAAUCUUCGUCUGUUCUCGUGUGUGCCUCUGUAAUUGGUGCAAGCUUCAGUUGA